AUGUCUCUCCGCGUCCUCAUCGUCGGCAGCGGCGGGCGAGAACAUGCUUUGGCCUGGAAACUGUCCCAGUCUCACCUUGUUGACCACAUCUACGUCUGUCCCGGAAAUGGUGGUACUUCUCAAGUACCCAAGACCACGAACCUCGAUGCUUCACCGUCCAACUUCUCAUCGCUAGUAGAACGCGCCGUUCUACUUGAUAUUUCUUUGGUGGUUCCUGGGCCGGAGCAACCGUUGGUCGAUGGCAUAGAGGCACAUUUCCGCAAAGUGGGCAUUCCUGUCUUUGGUCCUACUGCACUUGCUGCACGCAUGGAAGGGUCGAAGACCUUUUCGAAGACAUUCAUGGACAGGCACUCCAUCCCUACUGCCCAGUUUCGCGUGUUCUCUGCUUCGCAAGUCGAUCAGGCUAUCCACUACGUUCAGACAUGCGGUUUUGAUGUCGUGCUCAAAGCGAGUGGUCUGGCGUCUGGCAAAGGCGUCAUAAUUCCACAAAGCAUCGACGAAGCCAUCACGGGUCUCCGUGAUAUCAUGGUCGAUAAUGUCUUCGGACCAGCAGGCAGUGAAGUCGUCAUUGAGGAAUUACUGACAGGACCUGAACUUUCCGUUUUGGCCUUCGCAGACGGCUACACUAUCACGGCCCUUCCUGCGGCUCAAGAUCAUAAGCGAAUAGGCGAGGGCGAUACGGGCCUGAACACAGGCGGAAUGGGUGCCUACGCGCCUGCUCCUAUCGCUACACCUGCCAUUAUGGAGCAAAUUAUGACGACAGUAUUGAAACCUACGAUCGAUGGGAUGCGAAAGGAGGGUUUUCCUUUCGUCGGAAUGCUCUUUACAGGUCUGAUUCUCACACCGUCCGGACCAAAGGUGCUUGAGUACAACGUGAGAUUCGGCGAUCCAGAGACGGAAGCACUUAUGCUCCUCCUGCGCGACGAUACCGACCUGGCCGCCAUUCUGCUUGCCUGUGUGGAGCGUCGUCUCGACUCUGUCCAGAUCAGCACCAAGCCAGGCUUUGCCGUCGCCGUCGUUCUCGCUUCUCAGGGUUAUCCUGGAAGCUUCGCAAAAGGUAAAGAAAUUACCACAGGUGACCUGCCUUCUGGAGUGGUGGUCUUCCACACCGGAACUCAGAAAUCAAAUGAGAAGGUGGUGACAUCCGGGGGGCGUGUGAUUGCAGUGUCCGCGUACGCACCAACAUUGCGUGAAGCCUUGGAUGCGGCAUACUCCGGAGUAGAGAAGGUGUUCUUCGAGGGAAAAGUCUUCAGAAGAGACAUUGCGCACCGAGCGCUUGCCCAACAACCAGAUGUGGCACCGAAGCUCACCUACGCCCAAGCUGGCGUGUCUGUAGACGCGGGCAACGCGCUAGUAGAGGCAAUUAAGCCUAUGGUACGCGCCACCCGUCGCCCUGGUGCGGAUGCCGAAAUCGGAGGAUUUGGCGGGGCAUUCGAUCUCAAGGCCACUGGGUACACAGAUCCGGUGCUCAUCAGCGGAACCGACGGCGUGGGCACAAAACUCCGAGUGGCCAUGGACGUCGGGAUCCACGAAUUCGUCGGCGUCGACUUGGUCGCAAUGUCCGUCAACGACCUGCUCGUGCAAGGCGCAGAGCCUCUGUACUUCCUGGACUACUACGCGUGCAGCAAGCUCGACGUCACGAUCGCCACCCAGGUCAUCAAGGGCCUCGCCGACGGCUGUCGCGAAGCGGGGUGCGCCCUCAUCGGCGGAGAGACCGCUGAGAUGCCAGGGAUGUACCAAGAGGGCGAUUACGACCUCGCUGGGUUCGGAGUGGGCGUCGUCGAGCGUCACCUGAUUCUACCCCGCCCGGACAUACGCCCGGGGGAUGUCCUGCUCGGCAUCCCGUCGUCGGGCAUUCACUCGAACGGCUUUUCUCUCGUGCGCAAGGUCGUCGCACUGUCGGGGCUGUCGUACUCAAGCCCCUGCCCGUGGGACAAGAGGCUCUCCCUGGGCGAGUCGCUACUCCGGCCGACGAGGAUCUACGUCAGGACGCUGCUUCCCAUCGCGCAGGCGGGGCUUAUCAAGGCGAUGUCACACAUCACCGGCGGCGGGUUCAUCGAGAACAUUCCGCGAAUGCUGCCCAAGGGCCUGGGCUGUUAUAUCGAUGCAUCAACGUGGGACUUGCCCCCAGUCUUCCGAUUCUUGAUGCGUCACGGUGGGGUGGAACCCCUAGAGAUGGCGCGCACCUUCAACAACGGAAUCGGUAUGGUACUCGUCGUCGAAGAGAGCCGCGUGGGCGAGACCAUUCAUGCUCUGCGCGACGCAGGAGAGUCCGUGGUCUACCAAAUUGGUCGUGUGACAGCGCAUAGCGGCGUCGAGAUGCGGAACCUAGAUCGCUGGAGCUCGCAGUACGGCCUGUUGUCAUAA